AUGUGCAGCUCCGACAUUUUCCUGGCAGUACUCGCCGUCUUCUUCCCACCUAUUGCAGUCUGGAUCAAGACCGGGUUCUGCACCGCAGACUCCUUCAUCAACAUAACUCUCACUCUGCUAUGCUUCCUCCCGGGCCUCAUCCAUGCAUGGUACAUCAUCCUCAAGUAUCCGGAACAAAACUAUGACGAGGCAGUCUACGAGCCCAUCCCUGGUGGCGGGAGUCGACGACGCGAUCUCGAGAACGGAAACGUCACCUACUACUAUGUCUCACACCCGCACCCACAAGCCCACCCCCAGCGUGGAUAUGGCACAGUCAAUGCUCAGCCCCAGCAGGCGCCUGCCCCGGCGAAUAAAUCACAGAACCAGAGUGGAGAUGGUGGGAACGCUGGUGGCAGCAGCGCCAACCCGCCGCCCACUUAUGCUGAAGCUGUGAAGGGCGAUAACAAGGUGCAGAAUCACGAGUGA